AUGAAUCGAACAAUUCAAAAUAAAAAAAAUAAUUCGCAGUUAAUUAAAAAUUGCUAUGAACAUACAAUAUUGCUUUCCGAUUGCAUUUUAGCUAAAAAAGAAAUAUUUACAUUAGCCAUAUACCUCAGUUAUAUGUAUUUCGGUUGUUAUAGAAAUUAUAUUAAUUUAGAUUAUAAUUUGAAAGUGAUUAGUGUACUUUUACAGUUUUUAAUUUUUCUAUGGUUGGGCAGAAAGAUUUUUUGGGGUGUUAAAAAAGAAUCAAUAUUUAUUGUUGAAUCGUUAGGUUUACAAAUAUCUACAGUAUAUAAUUCAAGACUUAGAUCUUCAGUGUUUAUUCCAUGGGAUUUAAUUAAUGAUGUAAUUAUAAAUGAAGUUAUUGUUAUGCAAAAAGUUAUUUUUCAUUUAGCAGUUUUACUAAAUGCUGAUAGCUGUGGUGGAGUCGAAUCGAUUGUUCCACUUUUUAUAAAAGCAUUGAAAAUGGUUGUGUCUCAAGUUUGCCAAACUAUUGGUUGGCAUGCCAUUCAAACAUCAUCUCUAGAAGUUCUCAUAGAUGUUCUUCAUAGGUAUCUAGAAGAAAUAGCUAGAACAUCUCAUUUAUAUGCUGAUCAAUUUGGUAGAACAAGGCCUAAUUUAGAUGAUUUGGGAUUAGCAUUUUCUGCAAUGGGAGUGGAAAUCAAACAGUUGGAAGAAUACAUAGAAUAUGUUGAAUCAGUGCCAUGCAAUUAUCAGGUUCCUAAAUAUCCUGUUGCGAAGGAGUCCCAUUUAAAUUUUCUCAAACCCGGAAGUAAAGAAGUUGUCACAAGACCCGUACACGUGCACGAGCAUUUACCACCGACGAUACUCGAAGAACAGGGAUAUUCUCAAAAUGAAAAUGUAUUAUCCGUUGAAACAAGUGGAUCGUCCUCGAUUCCAUCUCCUCAAGCUAGUCCUCAAAACGUUUUCAAACGUCCGGGUGAUCCCGUUGAAACUCCGGCUGCUAAAAGAGCGAGACUUUUUCUCGAAGAAGAAGGAAGACCAUUGAGGGAAAUAAGUAGCGUUAUGAUGACGACGGGGGGAUUUUUGUCGCCUGCCCGAGAAGGAAAAUUACCCGAGUCAAAAGUAAUUUUACCAACUUCUGAUUCGAGAUCUAUUUCACCUCAGCCUUCCCUAUAUCCAUCAGUUCCUCCUGAGGUUAACAGGGAAAAGAAAGUAAAGAAAAUACCCGAAGUAUCUAAAGCGGAAAAGAAAGAGAAAAAGAAAAUAUCUGAAAAAUUAGAUAAUAAUGAAGAGCCUGCCAUAAAAAAGUUGGCAAGCAUGAAGGAAAUGGAAAAGCUCAAGGCAUUAAAAACGGGUGCAUUAAAAAUGAGUGCUCGAUACCCUCCGAACUUUCAAGAAAAACUUCCCAAACCCGGAUCGAAUAAAAUUCCACCUGUGGAAAAUACUCCGUCGGAAAAAUCACUAAUUCAAAAAUUGUCGGAAUCCCCUCACUUGGUCGUGACUCCUCUUCAACCGACGGUUAAAAAACAAACUAGUUCGAAUUACGAAAAGAGUCGGGAUUCGGGGGUGACGAUAGCAAAACUAACCACGGAACCGGAUGUUCAAAAAUUGAACAUUUUCAAAAAAAUUACGAAAGUAAAAGAAGAAAAAAGUGAAAAAGUUGAAAAACAUGAAUUUUCCGACAUUGUUCCUCCUGUAAAUAAAGAGAGAUCUCCCGGUUUAAUUAUAGAAGAAGUAGUACCCAGUCGAAAGCCAAGAUCGGCUUUAAGCGAAAUGAUGGAAAGUUUACCGAAGGAUAAAAAAGAAGCUCGUCAACCCAAACCUGAACCUCGCACGCCCGAUAUUUUACAAAUAUACGAUGAUUCAUUAUCAUCUCCCGGAAGUCCUUCGACGCCGAAAACACCCGAAAUCAUGAGAAAAAUCGACAAGUCUCCCGAACACAAGAAAAAGAAAAAGGACAAAGAAAAGGAAAAGAAAAAAAGAAAAGGUUCGCCUAAAGACAGGAUAAAAACGGAAGAUGAUUUAGAAAGAAACGAAAGACCGAAAACGCCAGAAAUAUUGGAACCUUCCAGAUUAAAAGACGCACUCCCCUCUCCGGUUCUUCCAUUUUUCCCUCAUUUUCCUUCCGGUCCCGGUUUGAUUCCGCCACCGAUAACGAAUCCUCUCAUACCCAGAUUCCCUCAUCCUUUGUGUCCGAACUUUCCCAAUCUUCCUCUUCCUCCUCCGUUGCUAAUGCAACAACCCAUCAAAACGGAAGAAAUGAAAAAAGAUCCGUUCAAGAGAAUGUUUGAAAGAUCAACGUCGGAAAGUUUGUCGCCGACGAAAUUCGAAAAAGAAGGAAAAUCUCCGCUGGCUAUUUUAUUAAAUCGCGGUGACAAAGAAAAGAAAUUUAAAGAACAUAAAAAAGAUAAAAAAGAUCGGGAUAAAAUAAAAAAGAAAAAAGAUAAAAAGGAAAAAAUGAAAAAAGAUAAAAGCGAGAAAAAGCACAGGGAUAAAGAUGACAAGUACAAGGAGCAAAAAUCAAAAGAGAAAAAAGAGAAAAAAAUAAAGAAAAAGGAAAAGAUGAAGGAAUCAUCGAUUCCGAUGGUUGUGUCCGUGCCCAAACUCACAUUGAAAUUAGGUUCGUCGUCUCCGAGACCCUCAUCGCCGGAUCCGAAAUUGAAAAAACUCUUGUCGAAACCGAGUAAAAUGGAAGGGGAAGGGGACAAAACGAUGCAACCGACGAAAAGAGAGCCGACGCCGGAAAUAGCAAGGAUAUCUUCCCUUUUUAACAAACCCCCCAAAUCGUCCGAUACUAAACCCCUUCACAUACAAACGGAUUCGUUUAAAACACAAACAACAACACUCACCGUCAAGGAAUCCGUGCCCGUGAUGAAGAGUCCAGGUACGAUUAUAGACAAAGACGGUAAUAAACAUUUCAUGAGUUUUCAAUAG